GGACUUGACUGUACAACCAGACUCGUUCCUUUCGACCUUCAUCAACCUCACUUUCUUCUUGUCUCUUUCGGUCACUCAUUUAGUUGCUUAAAAUCACUGGUCUUCACCAUGGUCGCCACUCGUUUCUUCAUGCUUUCUUUGGCCGCUGCCGUUGCUGUAGCUGGCCCCUGCAAACCCCAAAGUUCAUCAGUCAUUUUCUCUGAAACAACUUUCACCACCGCCCUCCUCGAGUCCACUUCCGCCGCAGUGCCCGACGAGACCUCGACUUCCGAGCCAACAAGCACUGCUAUCAUUGAAUCAUCGGUAACCUCUGCCGCCGAAACUACAGUGACCACUGCUGUGACAACCUUCACAUCGGCUGAGACUACCACCGAGGCAGCCACCGUUCCUUCAGUGGCUGCAGUACCUCCCCAGGGUAUCACUUGUCCUGCGGCACACGGGCAGUGCGUUGGCGGUUUCAAGAUCGAAUGCGGUUACAUCAUGACCGGGGGUUUCAGUGUCCAGACGGGUUACUUAUCGACUCUGGACGACUGUGCUGCUGCGUGUAACGCCAACUCCGGUUGUGCUGGCUUUUCUCACAACGGUGUCAGUUGCUACUUGGUCUCGUCCUCAUAUACAACUGCACCCGCAGACUGGAUUACUGGCAAGAAGGAGGGUUGUGCUCAGUAGAUGGAUGGGUCUAAUCGAUCUGUCGUGCCGUCGCGGAAUCGCGUUUACCAAGGUGCCAUCAGUGGAGUUGAAUAAUGGGUUCUCAUCAGUACCUUUCAUGUAUAUAUCUUGCAAAACCCUCUAUAUACCGAACCACUACAUUACUAUGGCCAAUUCUUGGGCCGUUUAUUUGCAAUCGACCUUGAUCAC